AAUUUUGCAUAUUGAAGAGACAGAUUUGCAAAGAGGUGUGGUCUGACAUAUACCUCGUUUGGUCGGUUGUCUCUGUUUUCCUAACAACCAGUCUCUUCUUUUGCUUGUCUGUGAACGAAUAGGGAAUGGUACUCUGUCAAAUUGGCCAUGUCCCUCUUUUUUGUCUUAUCUUUCACCACAGGAGAGUGCCAGUAUUUUUUAUCGGAUAAUUUCUCGAAUGAAUCGAUUUCACCCUGAUUUAGAGUGGUUUUUUCUUCAACUUUGGGCUUAGGUUGUUGCCAGUCGGUAGUGUACCUGCUGACAGCUGUUGACUAUCCGAAUGCCAUUUAAACCUCAAUUAGUACAAGAUCAUUAAACCGACAUGUGUUUGAGUCAUCGACAAGGUAGCGAUUUGUGUUUUUAAUUUUUAGAUGACGGGGCUUCGUGCCGGUUUCUUCAUGAGAGGGUGUCCACAUGGUCAAUCGUAUUUUAGUAAGCUUAAUUGUUCACUCCGUUGGUAACCUAACACUUUGGCUUCAGAAGUCUACAUGAGGAAUACCAGUACCCAGAUGUUUCUGAAGUUUCACGCUCUGGAUUCAAGAUAGUGAAGUUUGAAUUUUGAAGCGAAGAUAGAAUUGGUCGGUGGCCCAAGAGGUUCCAAGAGGUGGAAGAGGUGAACAAAGUUAAUGAUGUUUCCUCAACGCAUUGGAUAUUGGAGUAAAGUCCAAGCAGCAAGUGCCAUGCUUUGCCACAAAAUUAUGGAAGAAAUUGGAAGAAGUGGAAGAAGAGGGGUUCUGUAGUAAGGCGUGAAAUGUGGCCUGUUUUGGUCACAAGACAGCCACGUGGAUUUGGAUUUGUACAGUUUUUGGAACCACGAGAUGCCGCUGAAGCACAAUACUGCUUGGAUCAUCAAUUAAUCCAAGGUCGAGAAAUAACAGUUGUAUUUGCAGAGGAGAAUCGCAAAAAGCCCCAGGAAAUGAGAACCAAAGAACGAAUUAGAGGUCGCCCUGGUUUUGGUGGUCGCAGAGGAUCGAGAUCCUCCUAUGGACGUUCUCGCUCCCGGUCACCGCGACGUUUCUCCCCGUCUCCUAGAGGUGGUCGUAGAUCAAGAUCUUUGACACCACCAGCAAGGCCUGCACGAUCACCCUCUCCUGGACGUGAGAACAAUGCUCCUUCCAGAUCACCCUCUGCUGUGAGGUCUCACAGAAGAAGAACUGGAGAGAGGUCUCCCAUGCCUUCUCGAGAGAGGUCUCCAGCCUUACCUCGUCGUUCAAGAGACGGUGAACCCCGCGCAAGAGAACUUGAACCUCGUUCAAGAGAUCCCGAGCUUCGUGCUAGAGAUGUUGUGCCUCGUACUAGAGUUGUCGAGCCUCACUCAAGAGACAUCGAGCCUCGUGCCAGAGAUGUCGAGCCUCGUGCCAGAGAUAUUGAGCCUCGAGCAAGGGAUGCUGAGCCUCGUAUGAACGGUAGAGACAGUAAUAAUGCACGGUCACGCUCAAGGUCUCCAGCUGGAUCACCUCUUACCCCUCCGAGAAGGCGGCGAUCCCCCUCUCCCCAAGCUCGAAGGGGAUCUCCAUCAAGUCAUCGGCCGCACUCCCGAGACGCUGCCCGAGAUGAAUUCACGGCGUCUCCUACUGCUGAUGUCAGGCGUUCUCGACCUUCUGGAGGCUUUUCUGACCAGGCUCCCCGAUCUCCAGUAUCCUCUUAAAACACCUAAAGAUGAAGACUAUUGGUAACAUGACCUAAAAAUGAAGAAUAUCAUAGUUUUGGUAACCUCCUAAAUAUCUCAUGUUCUGAAUACAGAGUAGCAAUGAAGUUUUGUUUUCUCACAAGGACUACGAUGAUCAGCCGAGAUGUUUUCUGAUGACCAUAGUAGAUUUGCGCCACACUUACAGCUUUUAGAGGCUUCCAUGUGUCACAUUUCUAUGCGGCACGAACUUUCGCUUUCUGUGUUGAAUGUCUCAAGUAUUUUUUUGAUUGAAAAACCUUUUCCUGAAAAGAAAGCUCCUUUUGUCUUAAA